AUGGAUCCCGUGAGACUAUUCUCCGAUACAUUCGGUGUAGACUAUUCCGCCGCAGCGUACCUCGUCGGCGCGCUUUCGUCCAUCCCCGUCGCGUACCUUCACCGGUUUAUCGGCCCUCCCGCGCUCCGCCAUGUAUACGCCGCAGUUUCCGGGGUGCUUCUAUCGUUAAUCUCCUUCACUCCCGACGUGCUGCUGCAUUUCAUCCUCGCAGCGGCCUUCACACUCGUCGUCAUGCGAACGCAGCGAAGCAUCUGCGGACUGGUUACCUUCAUUGGUACAUUCGCACAUCUCAUCGCAUGCCACGUCAUCUUCAUGAGCGACGACGCGCGGAGAACGGGCCGCGUGGACUUCACGGGGACUCUAACUAUCGUGGCGAUUAAGCUGACGUCACUCGCCAUGGACUACCAGGACGGCCUUAAAGCCCUAAAGGACGACGCGAAGCGCGCGAAAGACGGCGAGAAACCCGAGAGCGAGCAGCCGUCGCGCGAUGAUCGGAGAAAGGCGGAGAAGCGGGCGAGAGUGAUUAGAGAGAUGCCGUCGCUGGUGGAGUUUCUGGGGUAUCUUUUCUGCUGCGGGCAGCAUCUGCUUGGGCCGUGGUUCGACUAUCAAUCCUACGACGACUGGACGCACCGCCGCGGGGUGUGGUCCCCGUCGGUGCGCUCCCCCUCGCCCAUCCCGCCCUUCCUCCGCGUGCUCGUCCAAGGCUCAUUGGCAGCAGCCGUCUUCCUCCUCAUCUUCCCGCACCUCGACCUCUCCCUCGCCACCGACCCGGCGCGCUUCUUCGUGCUGCCCUUCCUGCGGCGCCUGCUGCUGGUGUUCCACGCCACGCUCGUCACGCGCUGGCGCUGCUACAUCGUCUGGUCCAUUGCGGAAGCUGCCAUGGUUGCUGGCGGCCUCGGCUUCUCUGGUUGGGUUGCUAAACCUAGUGCUGCUGCUGGUGGUGGUGGUGCUGCUGCUGCCGCUACUGCUGCUGGUGGUCCUGUUGUUGCCCCUAGUGCUGCUGGUGGUGGUGCUGCUGAUACGACUGCUGCUGCUGCUGCUGCUGCUGCUGCUGCUGCCUCUGCUGCUAACUCAGCUGCUGCAGGGGAGGGGGCAGCAGACGAGCACGACGGGAAGGAGAACCAUGCGGAGAGGAAUGGUGUCAGCACAGGACAGGCAGCCGCGGCAGCAGCAGCAGAUGGAGGGCAGGUGAUGAUGGGAGGGCGGGUAAUGAUGGGAGAGCUGGUGAACAAGCAGGGGGGCAGCACAGCGGGAGUCAAGGGCUCUGCAGUGGCGGCGUCAGGUGCCGAGCGACAGGUGGCAUCGUGGGAUAGGGCGCGCAACGUGAAUAUCCUCGGCAUGGAGCUCGCGAGCACGGGCGCUGACGUGGCAAAGAACUGGAACAUCUCCUUCAGCACGUGGCUGCGCAUCUACGUGUAUGAGCGGCUGGAGGCAAUGCCAAGGAAGAGUGCACUAUUCAACCUGCUCUUCACCUUCUUCAUCAGCGCCAUUUCGCAUGGUUUGAACCCAGGGGAUCUGAUAGGCUUCGCCCACUGGGCGCUGAUGAUAGCGGGGUCGCGAGUCAUCUACCGCUGGUCGCGGCCUCUAGCCCAGGGCUCGCUGCCUCGCCGCGCUGCCUCGCUGCUGCACUUCCUCUACGUGCUGCUCUGCAUCAACUACGCUGGCUUUGGCUUCAGUGUGAUGACGUUCCAGCACACGGUGCAGGCAUACAGGGGGCUCUAUUACUACGGCACAUUAGUGCCUGUGAUGCUCAUCGUGGCAGGCAACUUCAUCCGAACACCAAGGCCCAGGGGGGCCAAGAAAAGCCUCAAGACAGAGUAG